UUGACUCUAUCUCCCCCUUACAUUCCAUUCCCUCUCUCUCCCCCUUACAUUCCAUUCCCUCUCUCUCCCCCUUACAUUCCAUUCCCUCUCUCUCCCCCUUACAUUCCAUUCCCUCUCUCUCCCCCCCACAUUCCAUUCCCUCUCUCUCCCCUUACAUUCCAUUCCCUCUCUCUCCACUUACUUUCCAAGCUCUCUCUCUCUCUCUCUCUCCAUUUUCCAAGCUCUCAUUCUCUCUGUUUCCACUUUUUUUCUCUCUCUCUCCAUUUUUUUUUCUCUCUUUCUCUCUCUCUCUCUCUCUCCACUUUCCAAGCUCUCUCCUCCUCCCACUUUUUUUUCUCUCUCUCUUUCCACUUACUUUUCAAGUCUCUCUCUCUCCACUUUUUUCCCAAGCUCUCUCUCUCUCUCCUUAUUUCCAAGCUCUCUCUCUCUCCACUUUUUUUUUUUCUCUCUCUCUCUCCACUUUUUUUCUCUCUCUCUCUCCCUUUCUUUUUUUCUCUCUCUCUCCAUUUUUUUUUCUUUCUCUUUCCAUUUUCCAAGCUUUCCCUCUCUCUCUCCAUUUUUUUCUCCCUCUCUCUCUCCAUUUCUUUUUUUCUCUCUCUCUCCACAUUUCUUUUUUUUCUCUCUCUCCAUUUCUUUUUUCUCUCUCUCCAUUUCUUUUUUUUCUCUCUCUCUCUUUUUUUUUUUUCUCUCUCUCUCUUCACUUUUUUUUUUCUCUCUCUCUCUCCAUUUCUUUUUUUCUCUCUCCCUCUCUCAAAUUACUUUUUUUCUCUCCCUCUCACCAUUUGGAAAGAUUUUUCUCUCUCCAAGAAUUCUCUCUCUCUUUCCACUUUUUUUGUUGAUCAGCUCUCUCUCUCUCUUCCAAAGUCUCUCUCUCUCUCACUUGUUUCAAGGUCUCUCUCUCUCUCCACUUACUUUCCAAGGUCUCUUUCUCUCUCCACUUACUUUCCAAGGUCUCUCUCUCUCUCCACUUACUUUCCAAGCUCUCUCUCUCUCUCCACUUACUUUCCAAGCACUCUCUCUCUCUCCACUUACUUUACAAGCUCUCUCUCUCUCUCCACUUUCUUUCCAAGCUCUCUCUCUUUCGACUUACUUUCCAAGCUCUCUCUCUUUCGACUUACUUUCCAAGCUCUCUAUCUCUCUCUCCACUUUCCAAGCUCUCUAUCUCUCUCUCCACUUUCCAAGCUCUCUCUCCUUUCCAAGCUCUCUCUCUCUCUCUAUUUUCCAAGCUCUCUCUCUCUCUUUCUCUCUCUCUCUCUCUCUCCACAUAUCAGCUCUCUCUCUCUCCCUUUCCCAGUCUCUCUCUCUCUCUCUCCACUUUCCAAGCUUUCUCUCUCCACUUACUUUCCAAGCUCUGUCACUCUCUCUCUCUCUCCACUUAAUUUCCAAGCUCUCUCUGUCUCUCUCUCUCUCUCUCCACUUAAUUUCCAAGCUCUGUCUCUCUCUCUCUCUCCACUUAAUUUCCAAAAAAUCUCUCUCUCCACUUGCCUUUCCAAGCUCUGUCCUCUCUCUCUCUCUCCAAUUAAUUUCAAGCUUGUCUCUCUCUCUCCAAUUCAUUUCCAAGCUCUGUCUCUCUCUCUCUCCACUUUUUUUUUCUCUCUCCCUCCAACCCAAACUCUCUCUCUCUCUCCAAUUUCCAGCUCUCUCUCUCUCUCUCUGCACUUUUUUUUGAAUUGCUCUGUCCUCUCUCUCUCUCUCUCUGCAUCUCUGUCCUCUCUCUCUCUCUGCACUUACAAUACACAAGCUCUGUCCUCUCUCUCUCUCUGCCUAAAAAAGCUCUGUCUCUCUCUCCAUUUAAUUUCCAAGCUCUGUCUCUUUCUCUCUCCACUUAAUUUCCAAGCUAUUUAUGCUCUCCAUUUUCCAAGCUCUAUCUCUCUCUCCACUUUUUUUUUGUUUUUCUCUCUCUCCACUUUUUUUCCAUGCUCUCUCUCUCUCCACUUCAGCUUUUUUGCUCUCUCUCUCCACUUUCUAAGCUCUCUCUCUCUCUCUCCACUUUCUAAGCUCUCUCUCUCUCCAUUUUCCAAGCUCUCCCCUCUCUCUCCCACUUUCGCUCUCUCCCUCUCUCUCCACUUUCUAUCUCUCUCUCUCUCUCACUUUCUAGCUCUCUCUCUCUCUCCACUUUCUAAGCUCUCUCUCUCUCCACUUUCUAGCUCUCUCUCUCUCUCCCACUUUCUAAGCUCUCUCUCUCUCUCCACUUACAUUCCAAGCUCUUUCUCUCUCUCUUUCCACUUACUUUCUAAGCUCUCUUUCCACUUACUUUCCAAGCUCUCCCUCUUUCCACUUACUCUCCAAGCUCUCCCUCUCUCCACUUACUUUCCAAGCUCUCUCUCUCCACUUUCCAAGCUGUCUUUCUCUAUCCACUUACUUUCCAAGCUCUCUUUCCACUUACUUUCCAAGCUCACCCUCUUUCCACUUGCUUUCCAAGCUCUCCCUCUCUCCACUUACUUUCCAAGCUCUCUCUCUCUACUUACUUUCCAAGCUCUCUAUCUCUUUCCACUUAGUAUCCAAGCUCUCUCUCUCUCUCCACUUUCUAAACUCUCUCUCUCACUCUCCACUUUCUUUCCAAGCUCUCUCUCUCUCCACUUUCUUUCCAAGCUCUCUCUCUCUCCACUUUCUUUCCAAGCUCUCUCUCUCUCCACUUUCUUUCCAAGCUCUCUCUCCACUUUCUUUCCAAGCUCUCUCUCUCUCUCCACUUACUUUCCAAGGUCUCUUUCUCUCUCCACUUACUUUCCAAGCUCUUUCUCUCUCCACUUUCUUUCCAAGCUCUCUCUCUCUCCACUUUCUUUCCAAGCUCUCUCUCUCUCUCCACUUUCUUUCCAAGCUCUCUCUCUCUCCACUUUCUUUCCAAGCUCUCUCUCUCUCUCCACUUUCUUUCCAAGCUCUCUUUCUCUCCACUUUCUUUCCAAGCUCUCUUUCUCUCCACUUUCUUUCCAAGCUCUCUUUCUCUCCACUUUCUUUCCAAGCUCUCUUUCUCUCCACUUUCUUUCCAAGCUCUCUUUCUCUCCACUUUCUUUCCAAGCUCUCUUUCUCUCCACUUACUUUCCAAGCUCUCUAUUCUCAAGCUCUCUCUCUCCAUUUUCCAAGCUCUCUCUCUCUCUCCCUCUCUGCAUUUUCCAAGCUCUCUCUCUCCACUUACUUUCCAUGCUCUCUCUCUCUCCACUUUCCAAGCUCUCUCUCUCCAUUUUCCAAGCUCUCUCACUCUCUCUCUCUAUUUUCAUGCUCUCCCUCUCUCCAUUUUCCAAGCUCUCACUCUCUCUCCACUUACUUUCCAUGCUCUCUCUCUCCACUUUCCAAGCUCUCUCUCUCUCUCCACUUACUUUCCAAGCUCUCUCUCUCUGCACUUACUUUCCAAGCUCUGUCUCUCUCUCUCUGCACUUACUUUCCAAGCUCUCUCUCCCUCUCUCCAUUUUCCAAGCUCUCUCUCUCUCUCUCGCUCCACUUACUUUCCAUGCUCUCUCUCCACUUUCCAAGCUCUCUCUCUCGCUCUCUCUCUCCACUUUCCAAGCUCUCUCCUCUCUCUCCCACUUUCCAAGCUCUCUCCCUCUCUCUCUCUCUCCACUUUCCAAGCUCUCUCCCUCUCUCUCUCCCACUUUCCAACUCUCUCUCUCUCUCUCCAUUUUCCAAGCUCUCUCUCUCUCUCAUUUCCAAGCUCUCUCUCUCUCUCUCCCCAUUUUCCAAGCUCUCUCUCUCUCUCCAUUUUCUAAGCUCUCUCCCUCUCUCUCCUCCUUUCCAGCUCUCUCUUUCUCUCCUCCACUUACUUUCCAAGCUCUCUCUCCCCCCCUUUCCUCCCUCUCUCCACUUUCCAAGCUCUCUCUCCCUACCACUUACUUUCUAAGCUCCCUCUCUCCACUUUCCAGGCUCUCUCUCUCUCUCUCUCCACUUUCCAUGCUCUCUCUCUCUCCAUUUACUUUCCAAGCUCUCUCACUCUCGCCACUUACUUUCCAAGCUCUGUCUCUCUGCACUUACUUUCCAUGCUCUCUCUCUCCACUUUCCAAGCUCUCUCUCUCUCCACUUUCUAAGCUCUCUCUCUCUCCCUCCAUUUUCCAAGCUCUCUUUCUCUCCACUUUCCAAGCUCUCUCUCUCUGCACUUACUUUCCAAGCUCUCUCUCCCACCACUUACUUUCCAAGCUCUCUUUCUCUCCACUUUCCAAGCUCUCUCUCUCUGCACUUACUUUCCAAGCUCUCUCUCCCACCACUUACUUUCCAAGCUCUUCCUUUCCAAGCUCUCUCUCUCUUUCCACUUACUUUCCAAGCUCUCUCUCUCUUUCCACUUACUUUCCAAGCUCUCUCUCUCUUUCCACUUACUUUCCAAGCUCUCUCUCUCUUUCCACUUACUUUCCAAGCUCUCUCUCUCUUUUCCACUCUCUCUCUUUCCAAGCUCUCUCUCUCUGCACUUACUUUCCAAGCUCUCUCUCUCUUUCCACUUACUUUCCAAGCUCUCUCUCUCUCUCUCUUUCCACUUACUUUCCAAGCUCUCUCUCUCUCUCUUUCCACUUACUUUCCAAGCUCUCUCUCUUUCCACUUACUUUCCACGCUCUCUCUCUUCCACUUACUUUCCACACUCUCUCUCUCUCCACUUACUUUCCACACUCUCUCUCCUCAUUUAAUUUCCACACUCUCUCUCCCCAUUUAAUUUCCACACUCUCUCUCUCUACUUAA